CCUGACACCCCCUCGCCCACCUCCAAAUACACACACACACACACACACACACACACACACACACACACACACACACACACACACACACACACACACACACACACACACUCUUCCACUCAGCUGCACACACAAAUAGAUCCUCUGGCUUGCCGUCAUGGCCCUGGGUAUGAAAAGGACUUGGCUGGUAAUGAGGUCUCUCACUUGCUGUCCGCCCUCCACCUCUCCGGGACAGAAGAACCAGUACCCAGCAUGUCGGACCAGUCGGCGUUUGACACGGACGUAUGGACCCUGACCCGGUUCGUCAUCGAGACCGGUCGCCAGGCCAAGGGGGCGACCGGUGAACUGACCCAGCUCAUCAAUGCUAUUCUGACUGCAAUCAAAGCCAUCUCCUCUGCUGUGCGUAAGGCAGGCCUGGCCCACUUACAGGGUAUGGCGGGCUCAGUGAACGUGACGGGAGAUGAUGUGAAGAAGCUGGACGUGCUGUCUAACCUCCUGGUCAUCAACAUGCUGCAGGCCUCUUACGGUACCUGCUGCAUGGUGUCUGAAGAGAACAAGGAGAUCAUCGUCACGCCCAAAGAUAAGAGGGGAAAGUACGUGGUCUGCUUUGACCCUCUGGAUGGUUCCAGUAACAUCGACUGCUUGGCUUCAAUCGGCACCAUAUUUGCCAUCUACAAACGGGUUACAGAUGGGGAGCCCACAGAGGAAGAUGCCCUGCAGCCUGGAAACAACAUGGUGUGUGCGGGAUACGCCCUGUACGGCAGUGCCACACUGGUCGCCCUCAGCACAGGUGCUGGCCUCAACUUCUUUAUGCUGGACCCUGCCAUUGGGGAGUUCAUUCUGACUGAGAGGAACGUGAAAAUAAAGCCAAAGGGGAAGAUCUACAGUGUGAACGAGGGCUACGCCAAGUACUUCCACCCCUCCAUCAACGAAUACCUCAAACAUAAAAAGUACCCAGAGGACGGCAGCGCUCCAUAUGGAGCUCGGUAUGUGGGCUCCAUGGUGUCGGAUAUUCAUCGCACCAUCACCUACGGAGGUAUCUUCAUGUAUCCGGCCAAUGAGAAGAGCCCCAAAGGAAAGCUGCGGCUGCUGUACGAGUGUAACCCCAUCGCUUUCCUCAUCGAGCAAGCAGGAGGCCUCUCCACCACCGGCACCCAGAGGAUACUGGACGUUCAGCCUGAAUCAAUCCACCAGCGGGUGCCCUUCGUGGCUGGAUCCCAUGAUGACGUCAAUGAGUACCUGUCUUUUGUCCAGAAGUACCAGUAGGCUUGAGUAAAACAAGUGCUCUCCAAGUAUUUCAAUAUUGAAAGGUCAAAAAAGCUUAUUAAUAAGACAUGUCAAGAGAUUAUUUUUGGACUUAAGAAAAGGACAAUCAGGAAGAUCAAUUGAAGAAAACCCCGACACUGCUCACUGUACACUACAGCCUGUCGUUGCACGUCUUCUUUUGACAUGUCCUCCAACAUUUUCCUAAGAAAUGAAUAUGUUUUGUUCAGUCCAACAUUAUAAAUAUAUGGUUUUUCUUUUAAAGCAGCUCAACUUGUCUAAAUUCCCUGAAUUACAACACUUUUUUCUCAGUUUGCACAACGUGUGCUAUAAAGGAAUGUCCAGUUUCUCUUUGACUUAAAAUGAUGUAUUUUAGUGUCGUUUAACCCAUGAAAUGAAUUUGUUCUCCCGUAUUUUAAUAUACCAACUCUGCCAUAGAAACUGAAUUAAAGCUGCACAUUUGAAAUUGA